UAAAAUACUUUUCAAAAUAGCAAAAUCUUGAAAUUAAUGGUACGAUAUAAUGAGUUUAAAUCACUCGUCAGCUACACUUUGUCCAACGAGCUCUUUACAGUUGCUUCACAACCCAACCAGUCUAAUCUCUCGGCUUCACAACCCAAACUUUGUCCGACGAGCUCUUAACAGUUGCUUCAAGUCUCAGAAGUCUAUUGGGAGAGUAUUGAAGAAAUAUUGACACGAAGUGGUGGUCUGGGAUACAGAAGUCUAUUGGGAGAGUAUUGAAGAAAUAUUGACACGAAGUGGAGGUCUGGUCGGAGUUGCAUGACUUUUCUUGAAAGAAAUCAGAUUCAUAAUCAAUAGGUUUUUUCAGUUAUUUAGCUGAACUUGCAAAUGUACACCCUAAGAGGUAGUUACAGAAUGGUGACUGGUGCAUAUUCUAAAGGUCCACUUAUUAAUAUUCAUUUUAGGAGAAAAUUUUCUUUAUGGUCAAUGAAGAAAGACCCAGAUCUUGAAUUAGCUUUGUCUCGAAAUCGUAGAUGGAUUGUGAAUAAUCAGAUCAAGAACAUAAUAAUCAGAUACCCUGAUGAUGCCGUGCCAAUAGAUUUCCUUCAGAAAAAAUUUAAGUCCUUAGAUCUUCAAGGCAAAGCUCUUAACUGGCUCAAAAAGUACCCCUGUUGCUUUGAAGUGAAUUGUGAGAAUGACAAGUAUUUCUGUCGAUUAACAAAACGAAUGAUGUUUUUAGUAGAGGAGGAAGAAUCUGUUAAGGAUAUGCAGGAACCGGUUUUUGUCAAGCGGUUAGCAAAGCUGUUGAUGAUGAGCACAAAUCAGAGGCUUAAUGUCUCAAAACUUAAUGAAUUGAAGAGAAACUUUGGAUUUCCGGAUGAUUAUUUGCUUAGGAUUGCAACCAAGUAUCCUGAUAUGUUUCGAGUUGUCAAUUAUUCUGGGAGGCGAAGUUCAACGGAGAUUGAGCUCACAUCCUGGGACCCUGAUUUAGCAGUUUCUGCAAUUGAAGAAUUAGCUAAAAAAGAGGGUCGUGAACCAUGCUUUUCUUGUUCAUUGCCAUCUACUUGGGUAAAAUCAUGGGAAAAGUUUCGAGAGUUUAAUUUCACUCCGUAUAUUUCGCCUUAUUGGGAACCAGGGGGCUUGGUGGAGGAAUCAAUGGAAAUGGAUAAAAGAACUGUUGGUUUAUUGCACGAGUUACUAUCACUGACAUUAUGGAAGAAAGCCUCAAUCCUAAAAUUAGGUCACUUUAGAAGAGAAUUUUUGUUACCACAAAACUUGAAUGUUCUGCUGCUUAAGCAUCCUGGCAUAUUCUAUGUUUCAAAUAAAUAUCAAAUUUAUACGGUUCUUCUCAGGGAAGGAUACAAUGGUUCAGAACUGAUUGACAAGGACCCACUAGUUAUUGUGAAGGACAAGUUUGGGGAAUUGAUGCAGGAGGGGCUUCACGAAUAUAAUAGGAGGCACUAUUUAUUAAAUUUGGAAAAGAAAAGGAAGAAAGAUUUGGCACCAGUUAGGCCAGCGGGAAGAAAGAGAGCAAGUGACGAAUUUUCUGAACAAGACGAUCAAGGAAGUAAUCUAGGUGGAAUAUUAGACCCAGAAGAAAGAAAAAGAUUUUAUAAAGCUCUCUUCGAUGACAAUACUCCAUAAACCUCAAUUAUUGUUCGAGAAUUAUCAUCAGUGCUGUCUAUUUUCUUUAUUCCUGAACUUCCCAUGUCCUGGAUUCAGUAUUUGUUCAGGUAGUAUGUCUAUCCAACCUUCAAAAUUUAGUGUUUCCUCUAACUUGUUGGUUACAAAAAUACUUCUUGAUGACAUUUCAUUAUGUUUGUCAACUACUUGUGUAUAGUUUAUUGUUUUUCAUUCUGGACUUGUUUGAUAUGCAUUACUGAACAAGACUCAACAAAAAAUGGACAAAAUUUUAAUUUUUCGUCUUAACAGUAUUGAGUAGAGUGCAUUUAAUCUUACCAAACGUGCGGUUGUUGUUGUUGGAUUCUUUGAGUUGGUUUUAUCUGACAAUAAGAUGGAUUCUAACCAAGGUUGCUAUGACUGAGAAAAAGGUUUUUGCUACUCUAGUCUUGGUCGCCUAUAUUAACCGUUCUUGAUUGACCAUGCAACAAGUCAAUGUGAGUUAUUUUAUGGCCCUAAUUUGCUGCAUAUUUUGCAAUAUCGAGUUUUGAGAAUCUAUUGAUUAUAUUUAACAAUUAUUUGGGGUUGAUGUACAAGACUGGUUAGGCUACUGCCUCAUGGGCUAAUAUGAAUAUACAGUUAUACGCAUGUAGGCUGUUACUUAUUGAUGCUACGCUUAUAAAGUGGCAGUUUGGUCCUAUAAUCUCAAACACUGGCGGUCUGUAAUAUUGCCGUUUUCUUUUCAUUGGUUUUAAAAGUUUGACCGUUUUCUUUUCAUUGGUUUUAAAAGGUAAAUGGCCUUCUUGAGGGGUCUUGCAUAAAUCCAUGUAGAAUUGCUUGAAUUUCUUCACUUAAUAUAGAGGGGGUUUCUAUUCAUGAUUCGUUUAUGUUGUAUUUCUGUAUAAAAGGGCUAAAUGUCUAAAUCUGUGAAUUAAUCUGAAUGCUUGUUGGAUUUCUGUUGCAUUUGUAGCUGGUACUUUUUCUGUUUUUUGUUCUGUCGCAACUUGAAACUAUUUAUGUUAGAAUUUUAUAUUUGCAAGGAAAUAAUUAAGGUGGACAUCCGGAUCAGUCACCUGAAGGCUUAAUAUCACAUGGGCAAGUUGGGAUAUUGGAUCUCAAAAUUUGAUUUAUGGAGUGAUGCCAGCCUCUAUAUAGAUGAAAAUGAACAUUCGAGAUAUAGUCCUUGUAACGAUUCUGCUAAUGCUACAACAGAAGUUGGCUCUCUCAGGUGACGAACUCUUCUUUUUGGAGCUCACCUUGACAAUUCGGUGGAUCCUUCGAGAUAUCAUGUAAGUUUAGAUCAAGUCAAUAGGUGCUCAGAUAUGCCUUAUUACCUGUUUUUGUGGUCACAAUUGGUCAACCACCAACCUUCUUGAAGCCCAAAGUAUGCCUGCAGAAAAGGGGGAAAUAACUACCCCAUUGUACAACUGAAGCUCAAGUCAGUAUAUGACUGGAGGAAAAUGUAACUAAAUGACAAAAUGCAAAAGCUUCAACGGGUCUUCUAUCUUUCAGAAAAAGGCAUAUCUUGUCUAGGCAAAGUUUUGGAAAUGAUACCUUUAUUUCCGUCUUCCAGAUACUUUGUCGUCUACUUUAAUUUCACGUUUCUGUAAAUGUAUAUACGAUUGUUUCUGGAUUUUGUGUACCUAGAAAGCAUGUAGGAUAUUUUAUUUGUAGUUGGCCGAGGUCCAUGUAAUCGAAUACGAGUUGAACAGAUCUGAUAGUCCUUAUUAUUACCAUCUUAUUUCUUAACUGAUAUAA